GCCGCUCCGGCUCCGCGGCGCCCUCGCCGGGUGCGUGCCGCUCGCACGCCCGCCCGCCAGGCUCUCCGGCCCGCCGCCCGCGCCCGGCCCCGGCGCCCCGGCCCAACCGCCCGCGCUUCAUGGCUGCGCACGAAUGGGACUGGUUCCAACGCGAGGAGCUCAUCGGACAGAUCAGCGACAUCCGAGUCCAGAACCUGCAAGUUGAGAGGGAAAAUGUGCAAAAGAGGACCUUUACUCGAUGGAUGAAUCUACACCUAGAGAAGUGCGACCCACCUCUAGAAGUCAAAGAUUUGUUCAUUGAUAUACAAGAUGGCAAAAUCCUAAUGGCUUUGUUAGAAGUCCUGUCUGGGCGAAAUCUGCUGCAUGAAUACAAAUCUUCAUCCCAUCGUAUUUUUCGGUUGAACAACAUAGCCAAAGCACUUAAGUUUUUGGAAGAUAGCAAUGUAAAACUUGUUAGCAUCGAUGCAGCCGAAAUCGCAGAUGGCAACCCCUCCCUGGUUCUGGGGCUGAUAUGGAACAUAAUCCUCUUCUUCCAGAUUAAGGAGCUCACCGGCAACCUCAGCAGAGACUCUCCACCUUCCAGCCUGUCACCUGGCUCGGCGGGCACAGACCCAGACACUUCCUUCCCACCCACACUCACCGCAGAGAGGAGCGUGGCCAUAUCAGUGAAAGACCAAAGGAAGGCCAUCAGGACCCUGUUGGCGUGGGUGCAGAGGAAGACGAGGAAGUAUGGCGUGGCUGUGCAGGACUUUGCGGGCAGCUGGAGAAGUGGGAUGGCUUUCCUGGCUGUGAUCAAGGCCAUUGACCCCAGCCUGGUCGACAUGAAGCAGGCCCUGGAAGACUCCAUGCAGGAAAAUCUAGAAAAGGCUUUCAGAAUUGCACACGAUGCCCUUCACAUUCCCAGGCUCCUGGAGCCAGAAGACAUCAUGGUUGACACCCCGGACGAGCAGUCCAUUGUGACUUACGUGGCACAGUUUCUAGAACAUUUCCCGGAGUUGGAAGCCGAGGAUCUUAUGAAUUCAGAUAAAGAAACUCCUAUCGAAUCCACCUUUGUCCGCAUCAAAGAAACUCCUUCUGAACAGGAGAGCACAGUCUUCCUUCUAACGGAAAACGGAGAGCGUGCCUACACCUUUAACCAUGACGCCAGCCACCCACCACCCUCCAAAGUCUUUGUCUGUGACAAGCCUGAGAGCAUGAAGGCAUGCUGCCUGGAAGGCGUUUGCAUCCAUGCGCUGUCAGACAGCUCCACGGAGAUCAGGUAUCAGAUCACAGACCAGGUCCUCCAAGGGGUCCCAGGGAAUAUCAGCAGCAUCAGUGAGGCAUCUCCAGAAUCCUCCAUUUUAUUAUCCAGAAAGGACAACCGGAGGUCCGACUUUUUACCAAUCAAGAAAACUGUGCAUUUUGAGACUGAUACCUAUAAGGAUGCUUCCUGUAGUAAGGACCCUCUCUACAGUCAAGACCUGUGCUUUGCAGGGAGCCCAGGAGGGACUAAGGAAUUGUUGGAGCAGGAUGGUCAAGUCUUGACAGUUGAGGUUGCCGACGAAAAGGCAAACCAGGAAGCCCCAGAGAUCCCAGAAGCGGCCUCUGAUGAGACCCUAGGUGACAUUUCUACGGCAGAUGCUGAGACUGACCAUUUGCAGGCUCCCCAGAGUCCUACGUCCUGGAACAGGGUGCUGAAGAGUUCCACCCAUCUGGGGGAAGAAAGUCAUCCCCUUCCAUCUCUUGGAGACAAUACUGUUAUGGCCGAUUCCUUAGAGAUCAAGGUUAAGCUGCUGACUGCAGAUGCUGUGGAUGAGGGAGACUAUUUUGAAGGCAUACCGCUAAAAGCCUCUAAAUUUAGCAUCAACCUGGUAGAUUUUGCCUCAACCAGCCAGGCUUUCAGUGAGGUUCCUUCACCUCAUGAGAAAAAACCUGCCGAGCAUGAGGCUUUGGAAGACCACAUAGAGAAACUUGGUAAACAGAGAGGCAAAUCUGCCCACAAAAAGGCAGAUUCAGAGGAGGCCCCUCCAGCGAAGCCUGACAAGCAGGAGCCUCAUGGGGAGCCUGGGCAGAAAGACCGAGAGGCUGUGCUGGGAGGUGCGGAGCCCAAAGUAGGUGUGAAGGCAAAGCGUAAGUCCCCCCGGGACCAUCGCCAAGAGGAAGAGGUGGACGCGGAGGGUCCACAGGGGUUCCCCGGAGAAUUGCCUUCCAACCCGCCAAGCCGCAGUGUCAGCUUGGAGACCCUCUGGCGUCACAGCGAGGAAGGCCUGGACUUGAAGCCCUCUCCGCCCCUCUCUAGGAUUUCCGUCAUCCCCCACGACCUUUUCUACUACCCGCAUUACGAGGUUCCCCUGGCUGCCGUUUUGGAGGCUUAUGCAGAAGGUGCGGAGGAUUUAAAAAACGAAGACAGAGAUCUGGAAGAGGCAGAAGGCUGUCUGCAGGAUCUGGGAUCCUGGGAGGAGGAGGCCGAGGAGGCCAAGGCCUCCCAGAGCAGCUGUAGCAACUCAGAGCUGGGCGACAACCUUGCCCAGGCCUACAGCCAGGCACCUUGUCCCGACCUGGGAGCACAGGAGGCCAGACCGGCCUUGGAGCCCACUCCCCCAGCCCCGCGAGGGGACCACCAGCAAAGGGAAGCUGAAGACAGCGCCCCCGUGGAGAACCAUCAGGAAUCUGCAAACUUGGAACACUCUGCAAACCCUUUAGAAGAAACAGUAAUGGAAGAAUCAAUCAGCAGUAAAAGAAAGGAAAAAAGGAAACAUGUGGAGUAUGUAGAAAGUUCGACAUCUGUAGCGCCCAGAACCGUCUGCUCCUCAGAGGAGCUGGGAGAUGACCCCUGCGAUCACACAGCCCUUUGCAGGACUAGUCACAGUGACUCCAGCAUUUACAUUCGACGACAUACUAAUAGGUCUUUGGAAUCGGAUCAUAUUAGCUUUGUUCAACUGAGGAACGCAGCAGAUCUGGAUGACACAAGAAACCGCACGUUAACCAGGUACAAUACUCAGAAGCUCACUGAGCUGAUUUUACAGUUUCACGGCAUCAGAGCAGACAUGAAGAGAGAAUGCAAACAUGCCAGGAUGUCCAUGAAAGAAGGCCAGCAACUCUGGAGAAGCCGUGCUGCGGAAGAGCCAGAGCCCACAGAGCGACUCACUGACACAGUUCGUCCAGCAGCCGGAUAUGAUGUAUUUUAUGCUCUUCCUCUGGCUCCUGGUUUACUGCCUGCUGCUGUUCCCACAGCUGGACGUCAACAGACUCUGAUGCGUGUGUCUGCAUAAUAAAAAGACCGGACCCUGA